AGAUGUCCUACAUCCCGGGCCAGCCGGUCACCGCCGUAGUGCAAAGAGUUGAAAUUCAUAAGCUGCGUCAAGGUGAAAACUUAAUCCUGGGCUUCAGCAUUGGAGGUGGAAUCGACCAGGAUCCCUCCCAGAACCCCUUCUCAGAAGACAAGACAGACAAGGGCAUCUAUGUUACACGAGUGUCUGAAGGAGGGCCUGCUGAGAUUGCUGGGCUGCAGAUUGGAGACAAAAUCAUGCAGGUGAACGGAUGGGACAUGACUAUGGUCACCCACGACCAGGCCCGAAAACGGCUCACCAAGCGCUCCGAGGAGGUGGUGCGCCUGCUGGUGACACGGCAGUCGCUGCAGAAGGCCGUGCAGCAGUCGAUGCUGUCCUAGCAGCCUGCCACGUCCCCACCUUACGCCUGCUGCCUCUCUGUACAGUGACCACUUUUUCCGUCUGCCCCUUGUCCUAGCUUCUGCUGAGUGCUGGGCCUCAGCUUAGAAGGGCAAGAGCUGUUCCCAAAGGC